AAACGCCUGGAAACUGUGUCACAUGUUGGAUUUUCAAAACAAUGUGGUUUUGAAGUUCUAAGCGCUUCAGUUAAAUUUGCUGAUCGUAUCACUAGCAUUGAUACUUCUAAGGUGCCACCGCUCAUUACUGUCUUGGAGAAUUGAUCCUGUAUUCAAAUAUGGCAAAAACUAACAAAAACACAACCAGGCUUAAAGCAAAAAUAUCAAAAAAGAAAUUUAUCAACACAUCAAAGAAUAAACCGGAACCAAUUAAAAAAAAAAUCAGUAAAAAUAAUGAAACAAAUAAUGAUAUCGUACUUGAGUUGAUGACAAAAUGUCCAGAACUAAAUCAAACAUUUGAAUAUAUUUUAUAUUCUAAUAAGUAUAAACAUACAUUAACUGAUGUUUUUAAUAUUAUAAAAAUGCUAUUUUCCAAGUUGGAAGAAUUGCAAAAAUGUGAUGUUGACCUUAAAAAUACUUUGGAAAAUAUUAAUCUUAAUAAUAAAAUUAAAGGUUUAAUUCAAAGUACUGCAAUUAAUUUAUCUCAUGUUGUGGAACAAUUAGAUGUAAAUGAAACUACAUUCUUAAAUUUUGCACGUAAUUUUAUCCCACCAACUAUUACAAAUAACAAUCAAAAUGUUAUUGUUGCUGAUAGUUUAGUAUCUAGUUGUGGUAGUAUACCUAUAGUAUCAGAAGAUCCUAUCGUUUCCAGUUCCCAAUCUUGUAGUAGUAAUUUUUUAGAUCAAGAAAUAAAAACUGAAAAUAUAAGUGACCAACUCAUGACAAACAUAUUUGGUGGAAAAUACACUAUAGUAUUGUCAUCAGAUGAUGAGUAUGAAGAGCACAAUGAUUAUAACAGCUGCAAGAGACAAAAUUCAACAAAAAGUAAACCUAUAAAGAAUGAUCAAGACUUAAUAAGUUAUGUAAUAGGAUCAGAUAUUAAAGGUAUGUUUGACCAUGAUAUCAUUUCACCAUCUAAACAAAGUACUCAAGAUAUUACUAUUUCAAAAUCUACAUCACGGCCUAGAAUACCAGUACAAAAAAUUAGAAAGGUUAAGCCAAAGGUAUCUGAUGAAGCUGUAGAAGAAGCAAGAAAAGCUGACUUUAAUUCAAGAAAACGGCAGAUUGUUCGAAAUAAUGAAAUGUUGAAUAUACUUAAAGAAUUUAAUAUAAAGCCACAUCAUAUAGUAUUAGAAUAUGAUAUUGUUAAAAAAAUACCAAUAGUAAAAAUCUGUAAAGAAUUAGGUAAAGUUUUAAAAAUGCAUCAAGUGGAAGGUAUUCAUUUUUUAUGGAAUACAGUUUUUGAAACUGUAGAAAAAACAAAUACCACUGAAGGGACUGGGUGUAUUUUAGCCCACCGGAUGGGCAUUGGUAAAACAUUGCAAAUUAUAACUAUAAUAUACACUAUAUUAUGCCAUAGCCAAAUUAAUUUAAAAACUUUUUUAAUUAUUUGUCCACCUGGAUUAAUUUAUAAUUGGAUGGAUGAAAUAUACAAAUGGUUAAAGGAUAUUGACACAGAUGAAGUUGUCAAAGUUUAUGAUUUGCCUAAGACACAGAAACUAUACAAUAUAACAAACAUAGCUACAUGGAAAUCUAGAGGAGGUAUUCUUAUUCUUAGUUAUGAGAACUUCAAGAGUUUGGUGAAUUGUAAACAAAGUGAUUUACGUGAAGCAUUUAGUCAUACUUUAAUUAAUCCUGGACCAGAUGUUGUUAUUUUAGAUGAAGGACACUAUAUUAAGAACACCCAAACUUUACUAUUAAAAAGUUUAACCCAAAUCAGAACAAAAAGAAGAAUAGUAUUAACAGGAACUCCUAUGCAAAAUUCUCUUAAAGAAUAUCAUACAUUGGUGGAGUUUGUUAAACCUAAUAUCCUCGGAAAUCUUACAGAUUUUGUUACAACAUUUAUCAAACCAAUUGAUGCUGGCCAAUUUAUAGACUCACAUGAUGAAGAUGUUAAAAUAAUGAAGCAACGUACUUUCAUUUUACAUAAACUGUUACAAAAUACUGUCCAUCGCAUUGAUGAUAAAAACUUAAAACCUUUAUUUACAAAUAAAAUAGAAUACACAAUAGAAGUUAAUUUAACCAAGUUCCAAUGUGAAUUAUAUGAGAAGUUCUUGCAUUAUAACAAAACAUCUAAUGAUGGUUGUAAUGUAUUUUUAUGUUUACAUGUGUUAACAUUAAUAACAUUACAUCCAUUAACAUUGUAUAGAUUGAAACAUUUUAAAAAUAGCAAACAACGUGAAUUAGGAACUGUAGUUGAUGAAAGAUUAUCAAAGGAUUUGUCAUGGAUUGAAAGUUAUGGAGAAGAUCCAAGAUUUUUUGAAGCUAAACAAAGCAAUAAAAUUGCAUAUGUCUUAAAUACAAUUGAUGAAUGUUCUAAAAGAAAUGAAAAGGUACUUUGUUUUUUAAAAUCUCCACUAGCUUUGGAUGCCUUGGAAUAUUUUUUAAAGCAAGAGAAGAAAUGGGUUUUAGGAGAAGAUUAUCUUAGAAUGGAUGGUAAAACACCGUUGUCUAUACGAAAUCAAAUGUGUGAAGCUUUUAACAACCCUGAAAAUACUGCUAAACUUUUUCUUUUAUCCUUGGGUACUGGGGUUCUUGGAUAUAAUAUGGUCGGUGCUAAUAGAGUAUUGUUACUCAGUACAUCAUGGAAUCCAAGUAAUGACUUACAAGCCAUUUAUAGAUGUUUACGAUUUGGUCAGAAAAAAACUGUUUAUGUAAACCGAUUAUUAGCUAAAGGAACUGUAGAACCAAAAGCAUAUUACAGGCAAAUUUCUAAACUAGGGAUGGCUAGCAGUGUUAUAGAUUUACAACAUAUGAGUCGAAAAGUAUCUUAUGAUCAAACUAAUGACUUAUUUACAUUUGAUUCAACAAAAAAUUUUAAUCAACUUCUUCCUAACACAAAGGAUCCUGUAUUAAACCAACUAAUCAUUUACAAUUUUGGAUCUAUUAGUGAUUUUAAAGAGCAUGAUUCCAUGCUUGUUGAGUCUGUUGAAGAACAAUUGACCAUUGAAGAACGUAAAGCUCUUUGGUUAUCAUUUAAAAACAAGCAAUUGCUAACUAAAAGUUUGAUUAAACCAAAACCACUUGCAAAGUUAUUGAAUACUGAUGAGGUUAUAUCAAAAUAUAAAACAGAUGAGUUAACUAGUUUUACAAAAAACAUCCCACCAAAAGAGCCUCAAGUUUCUACUAUUCAAUCUAAUGAAAGUCAUAGUUCUAGAAUGCAUACAAAUUUCAGCAGUGCCAAGCAAUCAAAAACAACACCUAUAUCUAAAAGAAAACCAGAAACAUUAACAAGUACUGCAGAAAUAGUGAACAAUUCAACAAAUUUAAAUGAUCAAAUUCCCAAAUUGAUUGAAAAAUCUAACCACUUCCAAAAUGUUGAACCCAUACAAAAUCAGUUCAGAAGUUUUCAACAUAGAACUUUUAAUCACCAUAAGAGGAACCGUGCAUCAAAUUUCCGAUUUUCAAAACUAUCUCCUAAUUCAUCUAUGUCAUCAGAUUUUAGAAAUCAAUCCAAUCCAAAUUUAAGAAACCAACCCUAUUCAAAUAUAAGAAAUCAAUCAAUCCAAAAUCCAUUUAGUAUAAACCCAUCUUGGUAUGCUAAUAAUCAAACAUCGACUGAAAAUAAUAUUUCAAACCGAUCUGGUAUGUCAAGAUGAAUAAGUCAAAUUAUUUCUUUGGAUUAAAUAAAUUAUUAUCCUUUAAAAGUAAUCAUCGAAUAAAAAUGUAAUACUAGUAUUUAUGAUGCUACAACACCUAAGUUUUGCAUACAAAUACUAACAGUUUUUAUGUUGUUAAGUAGUUAUUUUUAGAUUCCAAGUAUUUUCCUAAGCUAAAAUUUAAAUUAUUAAUAUGAAUUACUGUCUAUAUUUUUUUUGAAAAUUACCAUUAUUUAUUAAUUUAACAAAUAGUUAUUAAUUGAUAUUUUUAUGUAAAAUUAAUUGUAUUAUUUAAAUUAAAAAAAUAUAAUAUUUUCUAAAAGUGAAUAUUUUGUAUUUAUACUUGUAUGUAUAAUUAAAUUAACUGAAAUAAUAGUACAAAAUUUGUAUCUUUCUCAUUGAAUAUUAGUUGUAAGCUAUUAAUAUUAUUUACUAUACAUAAUGUACCAAAUAAAUAAUUGUAAUAUAAUAUACUAUAUUUAUAAUAUAUUCAUUGUUUAUUGCUUAA